UUAGCCACGACAAUCCGACAAUCCGAAUCUUUCGUGAAGAAAAAGUGAUCCAGGUGACAUUCAUCAGCAUAAAUUUUUGCUCAAUCAGCGUGAUACUUGUAAUUUUAUUCAUGUGCUAGUUUAUGGUGUGGCACAUACAUUUUCCUAGUGCUCCUUUUAAUUGUGAUAAUGGCAGGUGCAAAGUCUAGUGAUAAAAGAGGGCCUGGUCUGGCCGUCAAAGUUUGGUUAUUUUCUUAUAACUUUUUGCAAGUUUUAGGAUGGAGUUAUUUGCUGUAUCAGCUUGUGAAUUACUAUACCAAUCCUCCCGCAUCUAAAGCGCCUCUUUGGGACAUUGUCAAACUUGGUGUCAUUGUAUUUCAAAAUGCAGCUUUUCUUGAGGUCAUAAACGUGGGUCUAGGAUUUGUGAAGUCAAACCUAAUCAUAACAUUUUUCCAAGUUAUGUCAAGACUGAUAGUGGUUGAUGGUCUGUUGAUUGUAACUCCCACCGCACCAGAAUCUAUUGGUUUGCCAUUGUGUAUUCUCUGUUGGUCAAUCGCAGAAAUAACUCGAUACUUGUACUAUGCACUGAAUAUCAUUGAUGCUGUUCCCUAUGCUUUGGUGUGGUGCAGGUACACAUUUUUCUGGGUUUUGUAUCCAGUUGGAAUCACAGGAGAACUUCUAUGUUACUAUGCAGCACAGUCUUAUGUCCAAGAACACAACCUAUUUAGCUUAUCUCUACCAAACAAACUCAAUAUUGCUUUCAGCUAUCACUACUUCCUUAUCUUCAUGAUGCUUCUUUACAUUCCAUUGUUCCCGCAAAUGUUCAUGCAUAUGGUUCACCAAAGAAGGAAAAUCAUUGGUGGUGGUGGAGCUGCCAAGUCAGAAGCUUCUGCAAAAGGGAAGAAAGGUCGUUAAUAUUUCUUUAGAAGUAGUUGGAGACCUAAAAUUGGUGGAAUAGAACAGUAAACUGCCAUUGCAUCAUUAUACUGGUUUUUUUUAUGUAAAAAACUUUAGAAAUUUGUAUAGGAGCAAAGGCUUCAGAAGGAUACACCAUGAGUCCUAACGGUUUUUAGAUCUUAAAUAUUAUUCUCAAUUCAGUCAGGAUAUUAUUGGAAGAUGAGUUAUCUCUCUGAAUCGGAUGUUUGGAAGAGAUCCAAGCGCAAUCUUCAGCAUAACUUCUUCUUGUGUCAGUUUCUAGCCUUGCAAUGUGGUGUUUUUUUUCCUUUCUUUUUUUUGGAACCAACUAAUGGGUUAGAUUUACCUCAAGGUCAAUCAGCGCAGGUCAGUCCAAAAGCGAAGUUUAACCAUCUGUUUACCGAAAGGUCUGAGCAUAAAAACAAUAAAAAAUGGAUUCGUCGCACGCAAGAGAUACAGAUAAGUGAGUAGUUCCUGCAGGUAAUAUUUCAUGAUAAAAGGAGAGUGGCACUUAAAAAUGUUUAAAAUUUUCUCUUUAUUGCACUUAUUGUGCAGUUUGUAACUUGCUUUUUCAAAUUUCCUUUGUCCAUGGGCAGUUCUAUGUAGUCGUCAGCGACUGGGUUUGUCCAGAAGUCCGUAAGAAAACCCUACCUAAAAAAUCCAUCUUUCAAAUUUUCUCUGAUGUAUGAGACCAAUUGUUGAAAGUCUUCUUCCUUAUUUCUGUGUGUUGCAAAAAUGAAAGCUUUAAAUCCAUUUCUUUAAAUUACGUUCGAGGAAAGUUUGCAACAGUUUGCAUUGAUUAUUUAUCUUGGUCAGGUUUGCUUGCGUCACUCUGGGUAAUCGUGAUUGCCAGCCACUCAGAAUAACUUGCUGAUGUGUGAAUUACGGAAAAGCAUUUUAUUUAUAAGCUACACAAAUUACACAUCAGGCAAUGGAUUCCAGACCCUUUGAUGUUUCCAUUAUGAUUUUUGUCGACUUCACCUGCAGAAAGUUUAUGGCUGUAUCUCUUGCAUGCACUAGACCCAUUGGUGUGAUUAUAGCUUUUUGCAUUUCUUCUAUCCUGAUCACAAAGAUCUUGCAAAGAUCUGAAGGACUGUGCAUUUGAAGCAGCAUACCGAGGGAGCGGGGACGUUUUGAAAGUAGCGGAAGCGCAACUCGGAUUUAUCAGCCCUAGAUGGAGAAAUUUUAAAGGUUAACUUGUCAUUGAACUGAUUUGAUCCUGCAAACUUAACCUCAACCCUAGGCACAAUUUGGAACCGAGUCUAUAAAAACCGUGUAUGGGGUAUAAUACUCGUAUCUCUCUUUGUAGAGUCCUAUUUCUCAAUCAUUCUCCAAUGAAUCUCUUUAGCCUAUUAUAUUGUAUCAGUAAAGGGUGAAUGAUGAAUUGUAUGUAUAUGAUUUUUUAGUAAGUACACCUCACUUUCACGAUGAAGUAAAGACUAAUUCUGUUAUUUUAUUUAUUAAGCCUGUUUCUAUUUUUUUUUAUCCUCUUUUUCAUUUGUUCAAAAGUAAGUUUGUACCAUUUUCUUGCCAACUUAAAAAAAUAUAUGUAUUCUCAAGGUUAAAUUGGGAAGUGGAAACUACUAAUAAGGGAUUUAGGUUCUACGUAAAUAUAAGUUUAAGAUUUUAUGCAUGUUACUCAGGUGAUGGCUAUCAAAAUUUCAAGCACCUUCGUUAGAAUGUAUUUAAAUGACUGUAACAUAUUACCGUAUUGAAUUUUAUCGCAAGUCUUUUGAUGAAUUCUUGUCUUUUAUCAGAUCCCGACUAUUCUUACAUUUAUUGACCUUCUAAUUUGUAACUUAAAUGCUUCUUUUUCUCCCUCUCUCUCUCAUUUGUGAUUAAGUGGUCACCCAGUAAAACCAUGGUAUGUAUUUAAAUUCCUUUAAAACAUAAGAGUUCAGACUGCACACAAUAUGCUGAUAUGAGUUUGGUUCUUUCUUCAUUUAUGAUAGCUUUAAGUCCAAAUUUUUCAUAUCAUGUACCUAUUGCUACUAUUUUUUCUCAAAAAUGUACUGUCAUAUGAAAAAAUUAUCCAUUCAAUUUAGAGGAAAUAUGUAGUUCAAAUGUUCAACCAUUCAGGACAUCAAAGCGUUGCACAAUUUUUCUUUUUACUUGUGUCUCUUAUGUAAAUCGAAGUUGACUUAAUUCACAGGUAUCUGUGGGAGGGAUCAUCUUUCUAGCAUUAAGAACUGCAUUGUUACUUUUUACAAGGUCCUUAUAAUCUCUGCAAGGUAUUUUGUAUCAAGGUGUUAUACUCAUCAUAAGGUUACGAAUUCUCAAAACUUUUUAUGACCUCUUUGUUAUUUUGUUUACACAUUGUUGUUCUUUUUCUUUUGAAAAUUUAUGUGUAAAUACAUAUUUUUUUUACCGAAUA